ACUCCAAAGAAAAUACAGCGAUUCACGGGCUCUUAACUGAACACGCCGUCUCGAAAAAUCGGACAACUACCCUCAUCAUUUUUUAUGAAACCUUGCGUACGAGAUACGUUGGUAUUGUUAAGUGGUUUAUCGAAUUAGGAAACCUUAACUACUAAUUCCUUAUAAGAUUCGAUUUAACUUCCGUUGGAUUAAAACAAACACUUCUUUCCGCGAUGUACGCUGUGCUUAGCAGAGAGUAAAAGGCGCACGGGCGGGUUGAUUUGCGUCAGAGCCCGCCCUAGUUGAGCUUGAUUUGCCUAGUAACGGACGUCAUUGCCAACACAGCCGGCAAAGCGUGCAGUCUUGCUGUUCAUUAUACCAGGGCGCCGCACGAGAGUCAUCACGGUGCUCGAGCACGGCAGAUUCGGAGGAAGCGCUUCCUGUCGUUUCUCAUUUGCGCUUCUGUGUUUAUAGUAGGUGGAGGACUGUCAUGCUGUGGCCGAGAGACUGGUUUUAGGGAGCACGCCACUUUCCUAGUGUGGGAUACAUGGACGGAAACGUUGGGCAGACUGACGGCGGCUCUACGCCCAGCUGCAGCUAAGGUAAUAAAGAGCUUUCGCGCGCCCCAGGUUUUGUGACAUGUGCCAAGCUGGGAUUGUCUACUAAAGACUAAUCACGUUAAAGCUCGUGUGACUUUCUCCAAAAUGGAAGAAGAGGUCUUCCCCGAAGAUGUAGAGGUUCAACUUGUAGAGCAACAGGCCUCAGUGCAAACGGUUGAAAAAUUACCCAUCUUGGACGUACAAGUAGACAAGGCCGAGCAGAGGCGGGAUAAACUAAAAUGGUCUUCGGCAGGAAGUGUUCAGAAAAUCGGAGCGGAAACCCGUAGAACGGCUUACGGCUCGAAAUCCCGUUUGCCGAGGUCGUUUCUAGAGGCGUGUGUACGGUGCAACCCAAAGGGACUACGCAUGCUCAUGCAACAAGGACUGUCUGAGGAGGAUGUCAAUCAAAUAGACAAGACCGGAAAGACCGGGCUUGCUCACGCCUGCGCACAAGGCAGUAUGUCCAUCCUUCAAGUGGUGGUGCAUGCGCAGAACGUCAACGUGAAUCUUGCAGACAACGAGGGAAACACGCCUCUGAUAUUCGCCUCUCAAGCAGGUCACCUUGACGUGCUGGUGUUCCUGCUGCUGAACUUCCCGGAUGUUGCUGUGGACCAGCCCAACCUGGCCGGCAUGACGCCGCUCAUGAAGGCGGCCAUCAACGGCAGACUGGAGUGUGCCAAGGUGCUGGUGUUAGCAGGAGCGUCUUCAGACAAGAGAGACUGGGGCCGUGGUAUGUGCGCUGAGGAGUGGGCCCGGUACUGCGGCCGCGUAGACUGUGCCGAGGUCAUCCGGCGGACAAAGAACAACCCUUCGCCGUUCCACCUGACCCUGCCUCGGUCCAACAGCGAACCACACAUAGCGGAGACCGACAAUCACAACAAGCAAUAUGAAGACAACAACAACGUCAACAACACAAAGUCAAGGUGGGCACAAGACGGGAACUGGUUUCAGUCCGGCCUGAGGAAGAUUCGCCGUAAGUUCAAGUCUGAAACAACGCUGAAGGACUUCAUCCAGAAAAAGGAAGACAGCGCGUGUCAGUACCUUGUGCUGGUGACCAGAUGCAGCGCAGCAACACUCCUGAAGGAGAGCAUGCCGGGAAGAUCUGUCAAGUUCCCGGUGGAGAAACCUCGGCCCCUCCGCCCGGGGAGCAUCCAGCUGACCGAGGUCUCAGUCGACAGUGACUCCUCGUCAAUCGACACGUCUUCGACGACGUCCUCUGAGACAGGGUCUGUAGCGGGCUCGCUCAAGGACAGGGACCUCGCGGGGCUGCCGAAAAAGAAGAAGAAAGGGAAGAAAAAGAGCCACGCCCCGAAGGUACGAGUCACCAAGGCGCCAACAGACCCGACCGAGCUGGAGCGGAAGAUGGACAGGUAUCGCACCCGCCACCCUCCGGACAUCGGCGCCCUCAGCCCGCCGCCUCGGCGGAAACACAGCACCCGCCCGCCGAAAGUCCCCAACAACCUCCGCCGGACCCAGUCCGAAGGUGCCAACUUGGACAGCGGGUUUCAGAAGGACCCCAUCGCACUAGACGCUAAUCUCGCUGACAAUAGAUCAACAUCUAACGAGGCCAUGUUCUAACUGUAUAUAUCAUAAACAUCGCCAAUGUUACCUUCAAAGUGAUAACUAAUGUUCAUCUGAUAUAUAUCCUAGACGUCGGACUAUUUUCAGCGCCUACACAAGCCCGGUCCUCAGCUCAAGGUAAAAUUGUCUCUGAGUUGGCUCAAGGUAAAUUGUCUGUUUGCCAAAGCGCCCCGAGUCAGUCCCUGCUAUAAACUUUCCUUAGAGAAUGUUGGUCCUGGAGGCGACAAGCUGUAUAUUGCUGAGAAAUGAACUUACAUCCUUUUAGUUUUAUUCGACAUUACGGCAUAUUCCUGUUCGUACUAUUGAAGUACUAACAUUUAGUAUGGGUGAAUUUAUGUAAAAGAGACUAAGCUGCUUUGGGGGAGGUAGGGGGUUACCGUACACUGUUUACGUAGGUGACGGCGGUAUAACACUGCGCAUAUAUGAACAAUGGCAAGCGUACAAGAGAAAUCUUUAAUCGCUUUACAAAUUAAGAAACUGAAAUCCCUAUUCUGUGACCGUUUUCUUAAUGUCAAUGUUCUCUGACUACUAAUCAUACAUGUAGUUACAUGUGUUGUACCAACGUUUGACAACAGUACGUUAUGUAACAUAACACGAUGGAAGAGAAGCUUGAAAAGAUAUAAAAUCUAACUUUCUUCAUUAAUUGCAAUGUACUGAUAUUAAGAGAUCUAUAAUUAAAUGUAAAUAAUGAUGAACAUGAUGCUUGUUUAUGUUGACAUCUCUGUCUGUAAAGUAAUGUAGCGUUAGCUCCCAACAUA